AUGGAGGUCUCGUUCGAAUCGAAGGACGCGACAGCCGACAAGAAGUACGGUGUGCGUCGUCAGAUUAUCCCCGUGAUUGUGAAGCGUCCUGACGCCGGGAAGACAUUGAAUGAGUCCGUCUCUUUGUCGAGAAGCACCGACACAAAGAUCAAGAGGGCAUCGAAGGCAUCUCCAGUCAUGGAAGUGACCGAGUCGAUGCAUGACGACGAUAACACGGCGCUUCUUAAUACCCUUCCUGACCGUCUUGCGGAAACAAACAAGAAGGUCGACAGGAUAUGCAAGCUACUCGAGAACGCCACGAACGCCGACCACAUCACGAAGAAGGUGAUCGAGUGUCCGCUCGCCUUCAACAGCGUGCUGUCGCUGAAGAUGGCAGGCAACGGGGCUGAAAUCGCUGAGCUCGCGCAGAUGCAUACAAUCAACCGUGUGUUAUCAGCGACGCCGCCGGGUGAAGAUUUCACUUUUGCCACCAAGUGGAAAAAGCUGAUGGGAACAACAGUUCCGUCCAAGCGCAUCGACUUCUUUGAGACGUAUGCAAAGUGGUGUAACACGUCUCUGUAG